AAGAAUUAACAUGAUAACGCACUCCAUUUGUGCAGUUUCUCUGCCCAGUUGCUCUUCUUCUCGUUCGAUUCCGUUCCACCAAACGCAUCUCCCAAGAAAGAAUACAUCUUUUGCUUCCAUUUCCCUUAUCAGAAAUUGUUCUCAGUUCAAUGAUUUAUGCGUACACUCUUUUACACCAACUCCAGCAACCAGUUGCGGCAAAAACCACAACCCCAACAACGCCGAGCCCGAUCCGAGUCGAAACCAGAGGCUUUUUCAGCAGUUCUACUUGUCUUUCAACUCCAACAACGUCCCUGAUAAAAACCCAUCAACUAACAAUCAGAAAGAUCUGGGUCAAGAGGAUCAGAACAGGGGCGUUAAAAAAUCCAAGGGACUUUUCACAAACAUGUGGUGGGUGAACCUGAAAUCAGCAAUAGGCCAGAGACUAAACAUAGAAGGUAUUGUUUCUUCUGCAGCUGUUAUUACUAAGGACCGGCAUUUGGCGCUUCCACAUGUCGUUGUGCCUGAUGUGAGGUACAUUGAUUGGGUUGAACUGCACAGGAGGGGAUUCAAGGGCGUUGUAUUUGAUAAGGACAAUACAAUUACAGCUCCUUACUGUUUGACAAUUUGGGCACCUCUUAAAUCCUCACUUGAACAGUGUAAAUCUGUCUUUGGCCACAAUGUAGCGGUGUUCAGUAACUCUGCUGGGCUUUGUGAGUAUGAUCAUGAUGGUUCAAAAGCUAAAGCGCUCGAGGGGUCGAUUGGAAUUAAAGUUAUAAGGCAUAGGGUGAAGAAACCUGCCGGUACAGCUGAAGAAAUCGAGAAACACUUUGGUUUUACUUCUUCACAACUUAUUAUGGUUGGUGAUCGACCAUUCACUGAUAUGGUUUUCGGGAAUCGUAAUGGUUUUUUAACUAUUUUAACUGAACCCUUGAGUGUUUCUGGGGAGACAUUUGUUGUUAGGCAGGUAAGGAAAUUAGAAGUAUUCCUCUUGAACUGUUGGCUUAAGCAAGGAGUAAGACCCAUUAGUCAUCGCCUAUUGCCAGACACUAAACAGUGCAUUAAAGAUCUGUAACCUCUUUAGUAUUUUUGAAAAUUUUGCCCUGUAGAUAUUCAUGAACGACUGAAAAGAAACAUUCUUUUUGUCCACCAUUCAUUAGCUAAUGGUAUUAGCACCUGAGUUGAAUAUAAUACAUUGGUAAACCUUGUAUUAGUGGAUCGGCAACAAUAAUGAAAUGUAGAAGGGUUUCUUAUUAUGA